UUAUUAGAGGCUAAUUAAGAGAGUAGUGUUUAAGGAAAACAAAAACAAAAAACAAGAAGAAAGAUGAAAUGGGUUUUGGGGGUUACAAUAUAAGUUGUUCUUGUUUUUGUUUGAAUAAGAUUAUUAUUAAGGAAAAAGGAGUAUUGGUAAAAGUGAAUGGAAGAUAAAGAUUUGAUUUUUAUUAUUAGUUCUUCUUCAAAGAUUCCAUCCGUUUCCGGUCCACCACCACCAUUACCCCAAAACACCCUUUUUUUUUUCUUCCUUCUUUUGUUCUUGUCUCAAUUUCUUUUUCUUAAAUUAUUUAUAAUUUAUAAUCUCUCCUUUUUUGUUUUUCAUUUUUCUCAGACAAAAGAACAAAAAACUCAACACAACCCACACCCACACACUCACACACCAUUUCAUUCUUCUCUUCUUCUUCUCAAUCAUGAUUCUUCAAACAAUAAGCUAACAAUUUCUCAAAGCAACAAAAUUGGGGGUUGAGUUUUAUGCUCAAUCUCAUUAUCAUCAUCAUCAUCAUCAUCAUCAUCAGCUCAUUUGACUAUCUCCACUCAGGGAUAAAAAUUUGAUAGUGUUCUGGUGGGAAAAGGAGCUUUGAUUUUCAUGGCAGGCUUAGAUGACAAUGUGGCUAUAAUUGGAGAUUGGGUACCUCCUAGUCCCAGCUCAAGAGCUUUCUUCUCAGCCAUGUUAGGUGAAGAUAUUGGGUCUAGGCAAUUCUCAGGCACAACACAUAACAAGACAGAAGAUCUAUUUCCAAACAAUAACAACAACAACAACAACAAUUUCAAAGAAUUUAGGGAAAUGGGAUCAUUUUCUUCCGAGCAAAAAUCAAACUCCCGUGGUGGGGGACUUGUGGAUAGAAUUGCAGCUAGAGCUGGAUUUAAUGCUCCUAGACUCAACACUGAAAGCAUGAGAUCUUCUUCUUCAGACCUUUCACUGGCUGCUUCUGAGUCUAGAUCUCCUUAUCUGACAAUACCACCUGGUCUCAGCCCCACUACACUUCUGGAUUCUCCUGUUUUCCUUUCAAAUUCAUUGGCACAACCAUCCCCAACAACUGGGAAAUUUCCAUUUGCUUCUUCUAAUGGCAACACAAGGAGUUCAACAUUAAUUAUGGAAGCCUCAGAUAGAAAUAAAGAGAGUUUCUUUGAGGACAUAAAUGCUGGUUCUUUUGCUUUCAAACCUGUCCCUAACUCAGGCCCCUCCUCCUCAUUCUUUCUUGGAACUGCAACCAAAAUGACAUCAGCUGCUGCCAUGCCUCCUCAUCCUCAUCCAUCUUAUCCCAAUAUUGAAAUGUCAGUUCAGUCUGAAAACUCACCUCCUCAAAGUGUAGGAGGAGGAAAUGAGAAAGAUAGCAGUAGUGAUCAAAAGGGUGGAGAGCUUGAGCUUUCUCCACCAUUGGAGGAGCAAGGAGAGGAAGAAGGAGAUCAAAAGGGCAGUGGAGGAGAUUGCUCAGCAGGAGGUGGUGGUGGUGGUGGUGGUGGUGGUGGGGGCACAAUAUCAGAAGAUGGAUACAACUGGAGAAAAUAUGGACAGAAACAAGUAAAGGGUAGUGAGUAUCCAAGAAGUUAUUACAAAUGCACGCAUCCAAAUUGUCAGGUGAAGAAAAAGGUGGAAAGAUCUCACGAGGGCCAUAUCACUGAGAUUAUCUACAAAGGGGCCCAUAAUCAUGCUAAACCUUCUCAUAGAAGGUCAGGGAUUGGAUCAUCAUCCAACCCACUGGCCGACAUGAGAAUGGACAUUCAAGAGCAAGCUGGUAUGCAAAAUGGUAAUGUUAAUGUUAAUUGUGGUGGUGGUGAUGGUGACCCAGUUUGGGCAAGUACACAAAAGGGUACUGUUGUUGAUUGGAGGAAUGACAGCUUGGAGGUAACAUCAUCAGCAUCAGCAUCAGCGGGACCCGAAUACUGUAACCAGUCCACCUCUUUACAGGCUCAAAAUGGUACUCAGCUUGAAUCAGUUGAUGCAGUUGUUGACGCCUCAUCUACUUUCUCUAAUGAUGAAGAUGAGGAUGACAGGGGGACACAUGGCAGUGCUUCAUUGGGUUAUGAGGGUGAAGAAGAUGAAUCUGAGUCCAAAAGAAGGAAACUAGAAGCCUUUGCAACAGAAAUGAGUGGAGCCACCAGAGCUAUUAGAGAGCCAAGGGUUGUGGUCCAGACCACCAGUGAAGUUGAUAUCCUUGACGAUGGAUAUCGCUGGCGCAAGUACGGUCAGAAAGUAGUGAAAGGAAAUCCAAACCCCAGGAGUUACUACAAGUGCACCAAUGCUGGCUGCACAGUGAGGAAACAUGUGGAGAGAGCAUCCCAUGAUCUCAAGUCAGUGAUCACAACAUACGAGGGAAAGCACAAUCAUGAUGUUCCUGCUGCUCGGAAUAGCAGCCAUGUCAACUCUGGCCCUUCUAUGCAACUACAAGGUUCGGCUUCCACAGCCAUGCAAUCCCAUGUUCACAGGCCUGAACCGUCUUCACAACAACUUCAUAACAACAUGGGAAGACUGAGUUCAUACAGUCUACCGAGGCAGCAAUUGGGCAACUACUCUUUUGGAAUGAACCAAGCAGGUUUGGCCAAUCUGGCAAUGGCUGGUCUGGGCUCGAUGCCACCCAAACUUCAGGGAAUGCCCAUGAAUCCUUACUUGGCGCAGCAGCAGCAACGACAGGCAAAUGAAAUGAGUUUCAUGUUGCCAAAAGGAGAGCCCAAGGCAGAACCAAUAUCAGAGUCUGCCACUGGUCUGAAUCUCUCCAAUGCCUCUGUGUAUCAGCAAUUUAUGAGUAGGCUUCCUCUUGGACCUCAAAUGUAAAUCAAACCCCUUUGGCUUUGGGCUAUCUUUCUUUUCUUUCUUUGUUUUUUUUUUUAAGGAAAGUAGAGGUAUUUUUACUGUUCUUACUUACAAAGAAUAUAACUAUAUAUAUAUUAUAUAUAUAAUGCAAUGUAAGGGUCAUGAGAAAUUAUAUCAAAACAAUCUUCACA